ACCGAUCCGAAAGGGUUGAAACUUGAAGAUCUUGGAGUCGACCGGUUUCUGGGAGACUGACUGAGUUUGGAGGAAUUUGCAUUUCACUUUUUUCACUCUUUACGCCUUUUUAUUGUGCAUCUCCAGAGCGCUGUUUUCCACUUGGAAUUUUCAAUCUUGUUUAUUUUCCUACAUAUUCUGCUAUCUCCGCCCGCUCUUUGCCAAACCUCGGCUACGCAUACGGAUCAUCCAUCGCAUCGCAUCACGACAAAUUACAUUUCUUUUCAAAUAAGAUAAAAGACAGUCACAGAUAGAACUAUACAAAUGAGCCGACCAUCCGCAAAGAUCUGCGCGGAGUAUCUGCCCACCGCGCUGAAAUCAAGGGCAGUUUCGGUUCCGCGAUCAUCAACAACCCUCGCCACUACGAGUACGGCUACCCCGCGGGCCGCAACUAGGUCACCAUCGCAUAUUAGGGAAUGUCGGAGGGGCGUGCAUCAGGCUGGGGGGUAUGAGCGUCGACAGGUUCCCGGGGUAGUGGUUCAGCAGAGGGGUAAUGCGUUGAAGUUGAAGGAGAGUGUGCGAGGGUUUGCGACGGAGGCGCAGAGUGGUGCUGGUGGGCCGUUGAUGGAGUAUGAUGCGAGAGUUGGACAGGGGAGGUUACGGGAUGAUCCGUAUCAGAGGCAAAUCAUCCAACAACUUCAACGUCUAUACGAAGUGUUGAAAGGCUAUAACCCACCCAAGGUCAUCCACCCUACCGUCGAGUCGCUCGAUCCGAACCCCAAAACAUCCUUCUUCGGCUCCUUAUUCGGGCGCGGAAACAAGUCCAACGAGAAUACCAUAUCCGAAGACCUCCCCAAGGGCUUGUACAUGUAUGGGGAUGUGGGAUGCGGGAAGACCAUGCUGAUGGAUCUGUUUUAUGAGACGUUGCCGGCGAAUAUCCAGGCCAAGUUGAGGAUUCAUUUUCACAAUUUCAUGCAGGAUGUGCAUAAGCGACUGCAUGUGGUCAAAAUGAAGUAUGGGAGUGAUUUUGAUGCGCUGCCGUUGGUGGCCGCGGAUAUUGCCGAGGGAUCGAGUGUGUUGUGUUUCGAUGAGUUUCAGUGUACGGAUGUUGCUGAUGCGAUGAUUUUGAGGAGACUUCUCGAACUCCUCAUGUCCCACGGUGUUGUACUCGUCACGACAUCAAACAGACACCCCAACGAUCUUUACAAGAACGGUAUCCAGCGCGAGUCGUUCAUCCCCUGUAUCAAACUCCUGCAAACCGCCUUGGAUGUGAUCAACUUGAACUCGCCCACGGAUUACCGUAAAAUCCCCCGCCCCCCGUCUGGCGUCUACCACCACCCGCUGGGCGCCGAUGCAGAGCAACAUGUGCAGAAAUGGUUCGAGUACCUGGGCGACCCGAUCAAUGAUCCCCCGCACCCCGCGACGCAGGAGGUAUGGGGGCGAAAGAUCGAAGUGCCCCUUGCCAGCGGUAGAGCCGCGCAAUUCAGCUUCCAGCAGUUGAUCGGAAGAGCGACAGGAGCGGCCGAUUAUCUGGAGUUGGUCCGUAAUUACGAUGCCUUUAUCGUCACCGAUGUUCCGGGAAUGACUUUGAGCGAGCGGGAUUUGGCGAGGAGAUUCAUUACAUUUAUCGAUGCUGUUUAUGAGGGCAGAGCCAAAUUGGUUCUCACCACCGCAGUCCCCCUGUCCAACCUUUUCAUGUCGGAGAAUGAAGUGAAAGACUCCGUCAGCGACGGUUCCGACCUUUCAGAUGCGAUGCGCAUGAUGAUGGACGACCUGGGUCUCUCCAUGCAAGCCCUGAAAUCGACCUCCAUCUUCAGCGGAGACGAGGAGCGAUUCGCCUUUGCGCGUGCCCUGUCCCGGUUGUCCGAGAUGGGCAGUAAAGAGUGGGUGGAGCGGGGUUUGGAAGCGAGUGUGGACAAUGCUGCCACUGAGAGUAAAGAUGCUCGUGAAGCUUAUCAAUAACGUGUUGGUCUAGACUUUUUGCGUGUUUUAUACCUUGAUUCAGCUGUUGAUGUGUAUAUACCCCAUGGGUAGAUUAUAGAGACUUGUGUUAGACUAGUCAUUUACAUGUAUAGCUCCAUUCGAUGAUUAUGAAUCUGCAUCACAUAC